AUGCGGCUUUUCACCCUGCUACAAGCCCUCUUAGUGGUCUCUGUAGUUGCCAAUCCUUUAGGCCCAAAAGAUGUCCAACCUAUUGAGAAACGAGAAAACCCGAGAGUUAUAGGAACGGGGUUUAAUUCUCAGCAGAGGCUUCAGAUCAGAGAUGCAUUAUCAGACAUCCUCCACAUGACGCAUUAUGUCUUGUCUGCAUCCGAUGAUGUUGUGAACUAUAUUUUGCCAAAGUAUUUCCGUGCAGACGACAAGACUGCAGUGACUGAUGUUUUUAGAAAAAUUGCUGGGUCUGAUUAUUCCGGCGCCUCUGUGCUGAGACGCCUAACCAUUAAGGCUGACCAGAACGACCCAUAUGUAACGGACUCGGACCGAGAAGAGGAUGAUGCAUUGGUUAUAAAUGGUGAAGGUGCCACCCCACGUCUGGUUAUAUUCCCCGAAGCAUUCAAAAAAGGUGGUAUUGAUAAACCUUACUCCGGUGUCUCUGCCGUAACCUGCAAUUCUAUCGGGGCUGCAGUGAGUGAGAAUAUGGAAACGCUAGCUAGCGUGAUUUUGCAUGAGUAUAUGCAUUACAAAGCCUUGGUAGUUCCACCACUAAGAUCCUCACCCAUGGAUCUCGAAAAUGGGUACGGGCCCUACAAUACCCGAUUUGUACUUCCGAAGAACCAGGCUAUCCACAACGCCGAUAGCUUCGCUUGGUAUGCGCUUGAGCUUUACUGGACCAUGAAGUGCGGACGUUAUUUUCAGGACCCUGAGAAUUGUCUGGUGUAUUACUAG